AUGGCGACACCACCCCCGGCCGCCCUCCGCCCGCCGCCCACGGGGCCGACUUCGCGCGCCCUCCGCGUGGCGCUGGCGUCGCGCGGGGGCGUCGCGUCGGCCGGCGGCUGCGACGGCUCUCCACUCUGCGUCGCGACGGCAGCCCCCGCACAUGCCCGACAGCGGACCGGCCUCCGCCGCCACCAGCCACAGCUCUCCAGCGACGGCAGCGAGGGACGAGAGCAGACGUGCCAUCUCCCCACACGAGGCGCCAAGUUGGAAGGGAAAAUUUUCUCCGUGGUCGGCAACUUCUUCUCCACCUCGCCCCUGGUGAACCAGCUGCGCGACCUCAUGACGCGCCAGACCGCCGGCACCGGGGUGGCCAGCCAGGGGCAGCAGCAGCAGCAUCAGCAGCUGACUGGCUCCAGCCACAGCAGCAGCAGCGGCAGCGUCACCGCCGGCGUGGUGGCUGGCGCGGGCACGGCCUCCACUGGGGUGGGGGUGGGGGUGCCUGUGCGCACCUCCCCCGACGCCGCCUUCAGCACGCAGCCCGCUCCGCCCGCCGCACACCGCGGGGUCACCAGGUCGCAGAUGAAAGAGUUCCGUGAGGCUUUCCGGCUGUUCGACAAGGACGGAGACGGGAGCAUCACACAGGACGAGCUGGGCCGUGUCAUGCGCAGCCUGGGACAGUUCGCGCGCGAGGAGGAGCUCCAGCAGAUGCUGCACGAGGUCGACAUUGACGGUGACGGUAACGUCAGCUUUGAAGAGUUCGUUGAAAUUGUCUCCAACAUGGGUGCUACAGCUGAAAGAACUGCAGACCAAGAAGAGAAGGAACUCCGUGAUGCAUUUAGGGUAUUUGAUAAGCACAACAGAGGCUACAUAAGUGCAUCAGAUCUGCGAGCUGUCCUUCAGUGUCUUGGAGAAGACCUCUCUGAAGAAGAAAUUGAAGACAUGAUAAAAGAAGUGGAUGUUGAUGGGGAUGGCCGCAUUGACUUUUAUGAAUUUGUUCAUGCUCUUGGGGAGCCUGGGGAAGAUGAUGAUGCUGAAGAUGAAGAUGAAGAAAAGGAAGAGAUCUCACCCCUACCCUAAAGAAAUGGAAGACAUGACAGCUUAAUAAAUUCUAAUGUUACAAAACAGUUCAAAUAACAAAAUUAAAACAAUUUUCACACUUUCAUACAUUUUUUGCACCUAUUCUAUGAAACAGGUUAAAUAACAUAAAAGCAUGAACAUGACAAAAGUGAUUACAAUUGAAGAUAUUAUCACUUCAAAUAAACUUAGUCCUUCAAUGGAUUAUUAA